AAGACAAAAAUUUCAAAACAUACGUUAUUAAAAGUUUAGUAGAUAUUACUAAUCGAGUAAAGAGAUGCGAGUUUUUAUUGAAAAAGAAACAAUACAAUUCUGAGCAAAAUCUGGAAAAUCAGGUUUAUGAUAGUGAAAACAUUUUAGAUGAAAAGUUUUCAGUGAAAAGUCUUGAUGAGAUAAAAGAUAUUGAGCAACAACUAAAACAUGACGAAAUAUUUAAAAAACAAAUUAUAUCGGCACUUUAUUCGUGUUCACAAAGUACUAUGAAGAAAACUGUAACUAGGAUUAUGAAAAUAUUAUUUACAGACGAUGUAGCUGCACAAUUUAGUUGGACUGGGCAAAAAGAAAAUAAAAAAAAAUUUGAAGUGUUAUAUUUAUGGAAAAUUAUAUUUGGUAUGUUGAAUAGAAUUAAAAUUUAAUUAAAUCUGAUAUCUUUUAUUCAAAAUUCGUUAAUUCUUGUAAAAAUAGAGUGGCUAAUA